AUGGAGGAGGAAGCCUCGAACGUUUGCUCCAAAGUCAAGGCUGGGCUGCAAGACCUGCAAGAUAAGAAGAUGCCAUCGGUGCGAUAUGCUGCCAUUGCUCAAGGAUUGAUCUACCGAAAUUACGUCGAUGCCGACUCUAGCAACCGUGCGCAUCAACUGCAACUCUCGAAAGACUGGCUACCAGAUAAGGCUCCCUUGUUUCACUAUAAUCGUGCCAUCCAACUUCUUCUGAACCAGGAAAAUGGCGACAAUACCGAAACCAUCGCGAUCACCCUUCUGGUCUGCUAUCUCUUUACCUGCUUUGAUCAUCUCGCGGGCAAUCAUGUACGAGCAUUGAAACACCUACAGGGUGGCGUGGAGCUCUCACGCAACGCCGACAUCGAUGCCAGGCCCUCAGCAGUUCGCACGCUUAUCUACCAGGUCUCAAGCCAGAUUCGCCGUCUCGACAUGCAGGCUGAAACAUUUCUGGUGGACUGGACUCCUGCCGAUAUUCAAGAGAUACUUGCGUCCCAGCUUCCAUCCUCUGUCAGUAUCUUUCAGUCCGUCGACCAAGCUGCCGACCACCUCCAGAUCCUCGUCGCUCGGGUAAUGAGGCUGCACAACUCGCAGCAGCAAUUGUCCACGAGGGGUGAUAUGUCGUUGUCCUCAUCAUUCAAGGUUAUCCUUCUCGAGCAGUUGGAAACGUGGCUCAGUCUUUUCGAAAACAUGCUGCCACAAGGCAGCUCCUGUGACACAAGUGUCGAAACGUACCCGCUCAUAUCAUUACUAAGGUUGCAACAUACAAUCGCAUGGACUCUCCUAGCUAGUUAUGGACCUGGUGGGGAAAUGUGCUAUGACAGCUUCCUACCCCAAUUCCAGCGAUGCGUGGCCUUGGCGGGCGACAUAGCGGCAGCGCAUGAGCGGUACUCUGGGUCAAUUAAACCGACUUUUACGCCGGAGAUAGGAAUUGCCCCUGUGCUUUAUAUAAUCGGUGUCAAAUGCAGGCAACGCCUGGUCCGCCGCGAAGCCUUGAGUAUUUUGCAACGGCGAGCAAUACGGGAAGCGGUUUGGGAUAGCACCGUUGCUGCCAAAGUGGUUGAGCGGGUGAUCGAGAUCGAAGAGGGUGGAAUUGCCCCGACCGGUGGUGGUAUCGGCGGUCUGAUGGUGGCCGUUGCACGUAACAUUCUCGUCCUGAUCCAAGUGUAUGAACGGACAUGUACCUUCAAGGAGAGCGGCACCAGCAAUUGUGCAGGCCAUUACCAGCCACCGCAAAUGUUGAAGGCGUUUUCUCAGAGGGGUCUAAGGCUAAGGGGCAGGCGUGGCAAAUCAAUGCCUUCGGCCAAAGAUGGUUUGAAGACCAACGUCUCACUGGAAAGCUUGCAAACAGAUGAGCAACGCCGUAUUCUCGAUACUGUCUCCAAAGUGCGAAAGUGUGGACUGGACCGUGUCCUAUCCUUGCCACAGAUCGUUGUCUGUGGCGAUCAGUCUUCCGGCAAAAGCUCUCUUCUCGAGGCUCUAACAGAGAUACCAUUUCCACGAAAUGAUAAUCUCUGCACUCGAUUUGCAACAGAGAUCAGCCUCCGCCGUGAACCUAACAGCAGCCUUACGAUACGCAUCAUCCCGGACAGUAAUAGGUCACUGACUCAACAGAAUGCGAUGCGGAAAUUCUCCGAGACAAUUACCAAUUUCGAAGACAUGCCAGACAUCAUGGGCAAGGCUAUGAAUGCCAUGGGAAUCUCCAGUAUGGACAACACAGGCAGCGCAUUUGCACGUCUGAUCCAGGCGUCUACAAAGGGAGUGUCUGAAGCCGAUGUUGCAAUGGUUGCAGAAAUCACGGACUCCUAUAUCAAACAGCCCCGUACAAUUUGCCUUGCUGUAGUGUCUGCUACCAACGACGCCGCAAACCAGCCCAUCCUCCAGCGAGUCCGCAAGUUUGACCCUCAAGGAGAGCGGACGCUGGGUGUCAUUACGAAACCAGACCGGCUGAGCGCCGGAUCCGGCUCUGAAACCAAGUUCCUAGAGCUUGCACGCAACGGAGACGUUUUUUUCAAGCUCGGCUGGCACGAUGAUGUGGGGAUUGAUGCACUGCGCGUCAAGCUUAGUCAUCUGCUCGUUGGCCACUCGAAAAAGGAGCUCCCUCGCCUCCAAGAAGACCUGGAUCUUUCCCUGAGUUCUGCCUACGAGGAACUCAAGAUUUUGGACACUGACACUUCCAACAUGGACGACUUUAGUUGCGAGGAGGCCCUGGAUGGCCUACUCGCCAUCUACAAGACCGCAUAA